CCUCCUACUUCCCGACCCUUCCUCCUUUUUUCUCCUCCGUGUUUCCUCCAAACCCGUCCACUCCCUCACUUGCUAUCCGCAAUCGUUUCUUCUUUAUCCUUUAGGGGACUUUAUCUCAGACAUCGACAUCUUCAUCUUUUAUUUUUUUUGUGAUUGUUGUGUCACUUGUCUUUUGGUCAACAACACCCUCUGCUUUUAAUCACCUACCAGCAACUCAAACCACUUCGCGCUCUCGUUAUCAACCCGUUUUUUACCUACCGUUUGGAUCGAUUCUUCGUCAUAUAGGAAAGAAGAGAAGGGAAGACUCAUUUAUCGGAACAUUCCGCACUCGAGCUCGACUCCUUGGAGACGAUAGCAACCUCGACUCCCACCGACGAAUAUCUACCAAGCACCAAUUUUAUUCAUAGCUCCAGUAACAACAAAAUGGGCAAGGUCGCCACCGUCUUCUCGGCGGCUCUGCUGCUCGCCAGCAAGGCCGCUGCCCUCGACCCCAUCGUCAUGAAGGGCAGCAAGUUCUUCUACGAGAACGGCACCCAGUUCUACAUGAAGGGUAUCGCCUACCAGCAGGAUACUGCCGCCGCCGGCGGUGAGUCCAAGACUGGCGAGUACAAGGACCCCCUCGCCGAUGAGGCCGGCUGCACGCGCGACGUCCCCAUCAUGGCCAAGGCUGGCACCAACGUCAUCCGUACCUACGCCAUUGACCCCACCCAAAACCACGAUGCCUGCAUGAAGCUUCUCAGCGACAACGGCAUUUACGUCGUCUCCGACCUGGGCGAGCCCAAGCUCUCCAUCAACCGUGACAACGCCCAGUGGAAUGUCGAACUCUUCCAGCGCUACCAGGCAGUCGUCGAUGCACUCGCCAAGUACGACAACACCAUUGGUUUCUUCGCCGGUAACGAGGUGUCCAACAACAAGUCCAACACCGAGGCCUCUGCUUUCGUCAAGGCUGCUGUCCGUGACACCAAGAAGUACAUCAAGGAUAAGGGCUACCGCUGGAUGGGUGUUGGCUACGCCGCCAAUGAUGACGCCGAUAUCCGCGAUAACUCGGCUCACUACUUCAACUGCGGUGACCAGGGUACUGCUAUUGACUUCUGGGGCUACAACAUCUACUCGUGGUGCGGUAAAAACACCCUGGCUGGCUCCGGUUACCUUACCCAGCUUGACUUCUUCAAGAACUUCUCUGUCCCCGUCUUCUUCGCCGAGUACGGCUGCAACAUCCCCGACGGCGCCAAUGGCCGUCUCUUCGAGGAGACCACUGCGCUGUAUGAGACGCCGAUGACCGACGUCUUCUCCGGCGGUAUCGUCUACAUGUACUUCGAGGAAGCCAACGACUAUGGUCUCGUCCAGGUCACGAACGGCAAGGCCACCACCAUGAAGAACUACGACGUGCUUGCCUCCCGCGUCCUGGCCGCCACCCCCGCCGCCGUCGAGAUGAACUCUUACCAGCCCACUAACAAGCCUGCUGAGUGCCCCCCUGUCGCUUCCACCUGGGAGGUUAACGGCGAUGCUCUCCCCCCUACCCCUGACAGCUCCCUCUGCGAUUGCAUGGUCAAGAGCCUUUCUUGCACCCCCAAGUCCGGCAUCACGGCUGAUGCCAUUGGUGAUAUCUUUGGCUACAUCUGCGGUGCCGACCCCAAGUCCUGCAACGGCAUCAACACCAACACCACCACCGGUGUCUACGGCGCCUACUCUAUGUGCAACGACGAGCAGAAGCUUGCUUUUGUCCUGGACACCUACUACAAGGCCCAGAAAUCUGCCAGCACCGCUUGCGACUUCAACGGCCAGGCCCAGGUUGUCACCCCCGCUAGCGACAGUUCCUGCAAGGCUGCUCUCGCCUCUGCCUCCGCCGCCAACAGCGCCGCCGCCACUGCCACCGCUCCCGUUUCUUCCACCGGCAGCGGCGGCUCCAGCGCUUCUGGCAAUGCUGCCGCCGGCAGCCCUUACCAGCCCAUGUUCAACUUUGCCGGUUUCGCCGUCGGUGCCUACCUGGUUGCCGCUGGUGCCAUUGGUGCUGCCAUGGUUGCCUUGUAAACAAAUGGUCACUCAUUGAAUGAAAAACUGAGAACGGGAAUCAAGAGUGCUGGGGAGCUGGGGCAAUAUACAUUUAUGCGAUCGUGUAGGAUAUACAAUGAGGCACCGCGGUGCCUGCUUUAAUUCAGUCACGACUCGGCAGGAUUUAUCAUAUUAUUGGCAUGAGGCUCUUUUGUGUUUGACACCAUCACAAGCGGCGUUGGAUCCUCACUGGUAGCAGCUGUUUCUGCUUCAUGACUGGACCGUAGAGAGGUCACAAUUGUUUUUCUAGGUGUCUUGUCAGGUUGAGUGAAUAGAAUUUUUUCCUUUUUGUUCA